CCAGCAUUGCCGUGGAGAGGGGGAGGAGGAUCCCUGUCGGCGCGCAGGAGGAGGCCCCCUGUCCAUCAGAGCAUAGGAGGAGAAGGCGUAUUCGGACAAGGAGAAUGAAAGAGGAUGAGUGGUGACUGAAGUCUGGAGAAUCAUGCCAAAAUCUGCUCUUCCCUAAGGAGAUGAGAAACAAAUGGCUGAAGUACAAACAAGGAUAAAUCUGGAGUCACCAGCCAAGAAGCCUCGGAUUUCGAAAGCAGCAGAUGAUGAAGAAGAAUGGCAUGAAGAAACAACAGAAAGCGACUUGACUCCAAGCAAGGGGGAAGGGCCCACAUACGCGCUUGCAGGGAUGAAGAUCUAUCACAGCCCGCGAAGCGAGAUCAACGAUCUUGUGCAAGGCUCGUCCGAUCCUGCCCUCUCCUCGCACAUCGAGGCUGGGGCGCGCAUGGCGGCCUCCGGAGAUGUCGAUCCUGGCGUCGACGAUCUGCCUGAGGAGGGGAGCCAGCAGAGUGGUGCCAUGGAGGACACGUUGCUGGGAGACGAGCCCCUGACUGAGACUGACGCGAGCGGCAACGUCAGGUUCUAUCCUGUGCUCGUCAAGUCGGACGGUACCCAGAUUCCAGUGAGCGCAGAGUACCUGCGACGUCUCGGCAUCCGGUGGCCUCUACCUGCCAUGGACCUGCAUGGCAUUGCGCAACAGUUUCAGGCGCAGACCGACAUUCAUAGCACCUCUGCCAUCACUGGAAGUGCACAUCGGUCUAGCCUGCGCAUGGGUUCCUCCUCCUCUACUCCUCAGCCAAGAAGCAUGCGGCAAGGAAGCGACGCUCCAUCUCUUCCUGAGAGCCUGACCAACUCCGGGAGGGGGCAGGACGAAGAGGGCGAUGCUCAUCCAUCGAAUGAAGGCGGCGAUGCAGCCUCGCAUGGCGGGGAAGCAACACCUGCUGCGGCGCUGCAAACGGGAGAAGUGCUGUCGGAGACUGUGUCAGACCUUGCUCGGUUGGUCGGGUUGAGGCAGGCAGCUCCACCUGCUCGGCUGGAUAGCUCGGGGCUUGCUGCAAUUCUGAGACCAUCCGGAGCGGGCUCGGAGGCUGUAUCGGGGACUGAUGAACGGAGCAGGGAGGAGGCAUCAGAUAUUCAACCUCCUGUGCUGACUCCAUUCGAAGAGUGUCCGGGGGUUCCGAGAGCUUCAGCCUCAGCAGCUGAGAGGUCCAGAUGAGAAUCUUUCUUUUCGGUCAGCGCGGCAUUGGCUAUUAAUUGACAUGUGUGCAUUAAAAGUGUUCUAUCGUUG